AUGGAAAACGCUGCACCUGAGAAAGUGGCUUAUAUAACGAAAGUUGCUGAAGAGAAAGACAAGGCGGCAAUCGAAGAGCUCCAUGGACUGGGCUACAUAUCAUGUGAUAUAAAGUUUGGAAAUUUUGCUCCUGGUCAUCGCUCCAACAAACAAUCUAAAAUCAUCUUCCUCUACGACUCUGGUCUGUCAAAAAAGUACGCUGACAAGAUGAGCAAAAAAGCCAGGAAAGAGCUUGGUGCGGUGUGCGCAGAGAAAAAGGCGGCUCGAGCAAUUGGCCGGAUGCAGUUUCUCUACGAAACGCCGAAGCAAUUCGACCAGAUCCUUACCAUGGUGGAUUCGUACUCGUUUGAGUCACAGCCGGAACACGACAAAAUUUAUAAGAUGCUCGAAGAAGUCCGAGAAGAGAAAGGGGUUUGCAAGGAUGAGCACUGGGACUGGGAGGAAAAGUCAACCUCUCCAACGGCUAGCACUGGCACAAGCGACUCGGUCAGUGGACUUAAGCGAAGAAAGAAGAUUUGUUUCAAAACAUUUUGA